AUGAAUUUCUCUCAUGCAGCUCAUAUGUCUCAUGAAAAUAUGGAUCAUGGGAGUAUGAGCCACGCUGGUAUGGAUCAUGCAAAUAUGGACCAUGCAAAUAUGAAUCAUGCUGGUAUGGAUCACAUGGCUAGCGGUCAUCAGCACAGCUCAGCAGCUGCUACGGGUGGUUGCAGUAAUAUGGGAAUGCAUGGUAUGUCGAUGGCUUUUCAUGGCGGCUACUGCGAGACUGUACUAUUUGAAUCUUGGAAAAUAUCGUCGAUCGGUAGUCUCAUCGGUUCCAUGAUUGGUAUAAUAAUUAUGGCUACCCUUUACGAGGGUUUAAAGUAUUACCGGGAAUAUCUUUUCUGGAAGACAUAUAGUUCCUUACAAUAUAGAAGCGUUACGAUGCCUCAAGAGAAGAAUGUUGUCGCUGAAGAUAAUAGAGUUGUCCAGUGA